AACUGAAGUAAACGUCAAAAACAAAAAAUUCUCAAUUCAAUUUCGUUCGCUAAAAUUCCGCAAAGUGUUGUAACAAAAAUUAAGUUUUCAUUAUUAUAGAUCGAACAUUUAUAUAGUGUGGACGAAUACGCUUGCGGAAUUUUUAAAUAAUUAUUGUAAAAAUAAUGUAAGAUUUAACGCGGCCUAGAUAGCAGAAAUUUUUUGAAUCUAAUUAUCGAGUUUUAUCACGCAAUGAAUAAAUUAAAAAAUCUAAUCACCUAUUUAUCUUGAUUAAUAAUUAUUAGAGUGCGAUCGGUGCUAGAUUUACCUGUGAUAUUCAUUUUAAAGUGUUGGAAGCAGGUAUUUGUAUUCCUGUGCAUCAUGAGAAACUUGAACAAAAUUGAAUCCUGAGUUACACAAUGUUAUAUUGAAGAAAUGCCACGCCUCAAAUAUGGAUCCAUACUCCGCGUGUUUGUUAUUUUGGGUCUACUCUGCCUCUGGGUACAGAUAAUGCUGUCCGCGUCUAGCGUGUCUAUGGAUAAAGAUGGCGAUAUUGCAUCGGACAUAGCCACUAACCAAACUAACAUAAUUGAGUUAUACACAGAAGAGCUGAUGAACUACAAUGACACAUCGGAACAGGUCUUGGCGUUGGUCCCGCCGGAGCUUCACAAAUAUUUAACUGUGCACCAUAAAAAUAUUAGUGUUAACGCCACUGACCGUACAGCACCAAAGAAUACGUCAGACAUACGCAGAGCCAUAGAAUUGAUAAAUGAAGCACAGACUAUAUAUAAUGAAGAUAUCUUUGGCCCAGUACAGAAUGACACCAUAAUUAUUGCUAUACAGGUGCACACACGUCUGACUUAUCUACGGCAUUUGAUAGUGUCGCUUGCGCAGGCGAAAGACAUAGACAGAACAUUACUGGUGUUUUCACAUGACUACUAUGAUGAAGAAAUAAAUAGUUUAGUUAGGAGCAUAGAUUUUACCAAGGUAAUGCAAAUAUUUUACCCGUAUUCAAUACAAGCGCAUCCAAAUGAGUUUCCCGGGAUGGACCCAAACGAUUGUCCCAGGGACGCCAAAUUAGAACAAGCUUUAAAACUAAAGUGCAAUAAUGCAUUGCACCCUGAUCUGCAUGGACACUAUCGUGAGGCGAAGUACACGCAAACAAAACAUCAUUGGUGGUGGAAAGCCAACAGGAUCUUCAACCAGCUGCAGUCCACUGCUGGACAUACUGGCAUGGUAGUCUUUCUAGAAGAAGACCAUUACGUAGCCGAAGAUUUUAUCCACAUGCUCCAUUUACUGCGUGCAACAGCUGAUAAAACAUGCCCACAAUGUGAAAUACUCUGCCUCGGCACGUAUUUGAAGACAUACCAGUAUCAUAGUAACACUGAUAAGAGAAAGAAGAAUUUUAACCUAAAUUACAUUCAACAAGUGCGAGCGAUAAACGAAGAGAGAAGAAAGAGACUUCAGGAGACACAAUGGAACUAUCAAGUUUACCCAAAUCUGUAUUCUACUACGCAAAAGGUCGAAAUAACUCCCUGGCACUCAAGUAUGCAUAAUAUGGGAAUGGUUUUCAACAAAACAGUGUGGAAUAAUAUAAUGGAAUUAGAACAACAGUUCUGCGCGUAUGACGAUUACAAUUGGGACUAUUCUCUGCUUCAUUUAUCACAGAACCGGCCAGGCCGGGAGAAAUUCAAAGUUAUUUUGUGUAAGGGACCGAGAGUGUUUCAUAUUGGGGAAUGUGGGAUACAUCAUAAGAAAUCGAACUGCAAUGCUUCCACAGUUAUAAGCAAAGUACAGAAAUUAUUACAAAACGCAAAGAAAUAUAUGUUUCCGUCGAGAAUUAUUGCUACAAUUACAGCGGGAGGCGCCAAACAUAACAAGAAACUUACCAAGGGGAAUGGGGGGUGGGGGGAUAUACGUGACCAAGGACUAUGCACAAAUAUGACAAAAAUAGGUCGACAAUACAGAAAAUACAUCUACUACGCAUAAAAUUACGGCCAUUAACAAUGCAUAUUUAUAAUCGGUACAGGUAUUUGUAAAAUUUAUAUAAUUUAAAAGAUUAAUAAAUCAAUAAUAUUUUAACUGUCAAAAUUAUUAAUUUUGAGGUUUUAAGCUAGAAAUUUUAACGAACAAAGCGUGAAUUAUAAUCUGUUAUAACUACUUCGUCUACCUUAACGUUACGUCAAUUUAUUUAAUAUGAUUACUUUUAACUAUCCAUAUACAAAAUCUAUUUUUAAUUUCCCAAAAAUCAGGAACGUUUCUAACCAACUAAAUUGGCGAGCAUUUUUUAGUUAGAAAAUGCUAUGCCCAUGAAACAACUUGCCUUUGUCUUGGUUUAGCUAUCAGCGGUAUUUAACUUGACGAUAAGUGGUUUAAGCCAGUCUGAAAAGUUUAUGCUUUUCCAGUUUUUUAAAAAAUAUGGCAAUAGUUUUGACUUUAUGCCAGUUUCAAUUUUCGAGAGUUUAGAUACGCGAGCUACACUAUUGCCCAGACUACUAAGCUCGUUCAAAAAGCCAAGAGUGCUCCAGCAACAACUUUCAAACCCUAUUUUAAAAAACUCGGAAUAUUAUUCUAUGAAAUAAGGAAUUGCAGUGUGUAUUCGUCCUAAUAGUUAUUCGUAAACAUAUUAGAACAAAUCUUAGUAUCCUGAUUUCUGGAAGCUUUUCUAUUUGAUUAGAUUUCAAAACUAUGGUUUAAAUUAAACGUAAAAUUACUGUUUUAAUUAUUUAGGCCGGAAAGAGAAAUUAAAAUGAAAGAAGAAGAAAAAAUUAUAGUAGGCCGAUAAGCAAUAAAAUCCAUUAAUAUUUAUCAUUAAAAAACCAUGAUUUUCGAGUAAUCAUAAUAUAUACAUAUAUAAUCAGGAUUACAAGUCCAUGUCAUGUUUUACAACGACGGAGUGAAGGCCUUCUCAAAUUUUUCCACUUGCCUUUCAUCCUCGUUUCCAAUUCUUCCCCGCCAUGUCUUUUAUUAUAUCAUCCGGUUUCUGGGGGACGGACUCUUUUUUCUACCCACUGGGCCAUUCCAAGUUAGUUUUGACCCAUCUGUCAUAACAAACACGGGCAAUGUGACCAGUCCAUUUCCACUUUAACUUUUGGGUGUUGACACGUCAGUUAUGUUUGUUAGGUCCAUAGCCCUUUGGCAUACACCAAUCUUCUUUAUAAACUCAUUUAGAACUUAACAGAAGUUCAAUUUUAGCUAUUCUACGUAAUAUACAGCGGUGGAGUUGUUUAAUUUUUAAUUUUAUUAAAUAUUUUUGUAAUGAAUAAUUUGAGAAGCUGACAGAAAUCUUUGAAUAGAGAAACUAAUACGUAUUAAGCAUUAUGUUUGAUGUUGAUUUUAUGCAUUGUAAAUACCACUAGGCAUAGACAAUUCAGAGAUUCAGCUGUCAUUGUUAAUUGUCAAAAAUGACAAGCUUGUUAUUUUCCAGAUAUAGAAGAUGUGCGAAAUUCGAAUAGACACUGUAAAUUUUUUGUAAUACAGGAAUCAAACUUGUUCUCUUAACACACACACACACACAUAUAUAUAUAUAUACUAUCUUUAUAGUAUCUGACAUAUUCCAUACUGAGAUUUUCUAUUGGCUAAAUACAUUAUUCCAAUGCUCUUCCAAUUUUAGAUAUUUCUGUCAAAAGUAUCGGCCCAUGUCGAGUUAAGUUUUAAGUUUCGGCCAAGUUGUGAUUAGUUUUUUUUUUUAGUUUAAGCGUAAUUGUACUUACUUAAGUUAGUGCGGAGUGUAUAAGAUACCAAAAAAUUAACUGAACUAUCAUGUGUAGCAGUUGACUUAUAGGUGGUAUUUAAAGUCGAGACAUUUUGCUAAGUAUAUGUCAAAAUUUAACACGUUUUAAACUUGACGUCACUGAAGUUCUCGGCUGUUUUAAAUUCUUAAUUUCAGUGUGAUUGGUUUAAGAAUGUAUCCAGGUAACAUUAAUCAAAAAAUAUGUAUUUUGUCAUUUUCACUCGUCAAAUACUGGCAUUAUGCAUAUUAUUAUUUAUAUAAAGGUAUUUUAACAGACUUAAAAAUAAACGAUGUGUUUUUGUAUUAAGUGAUCUCCGUAAUAUUUUGAGGUUAUAUCGAGACACAGUAUUUUAUACACUCUGGAAUUCAGUCAGUGUUUAAGUUUUUAAGAUUUUAAUGUAUUUUUAUUUAUAUUAUUCGAUUAUUGAUACAAUUUUAAGUAUUUUUAGUGAAAACCAAAGAAAUUAUAAUGCAAUUUUGUUUAAAUUUUUUUACACAGAUAAUGUCGAAAAUUCUAAAAAAAAUCACAAAUAUUGGUGAUUUUUCAAAAAUAAAGCUCUCGCGGGCUAUUUUGAUAAUAAUAUUUCAUAUUUUGCACAAUACAACUAUUCAUGAUGGCCUAGAUUUCUCGUUGAAGUAUUAAAAAAAUAAUCAAUAAAAUCGAUAAAAAUGUAAAAUUACUUUAAAAACAGUAUUUGCUUCAUAAAUUCAUAAACGCCAAUAUACAUCUCUAAUGUAUUGGCGAAAGUCGAGCGAGUGACUUCCGUAUGUCAAAUAUUAAGUUUUUUGAAAUACGACAGUUUAUACUUUGAAGUUUCGAAUCUUAUUUUAGUCUAUACCGAGCAUAGACUAUAAAUUCGAAUAUCAACUGUGACAGCUAUUUAAAAGAAGACAUGGAAGAUUUUUCCGUAAUAGCAGCUUAAAAACUCGUACACAAAUGCUGUUUUUAAAAGUAAUCUGUGAUUGUUGACAUUUGUAAAAUAUGAUUUAUGAUCGGGUCGUGAACACGUCGUGGCCGUCGUAAAUAAUUUUAACAUACAAAAUGUUUAUCGUGGCAUGUGCGUGGCCAGAUCCGAUUUCAUAUUAUUUCUUAACGAUCAAAAUAAAAAUAGACACGAAAUUGUCAUUCUUGCUAAUUAUGAUUCGUAGAUUAUAUCCAAAAACGCUUUUCGGUGUAACAUAGUUAAUAUUUAUUAAAAAAUUUGUUAUUGGUAAAAGUUUAAAUUAACUAAAGUUUUUAUACAUUUAUAGCGAGACGUGUUGGCAUUGACAGUUCGUGCCUGUUUUUAUUGUGAUUAUUGUCAGUUUGACAUUUGAUUAAUCAGUGUGACAGCACGUUCAUGCACUAUUGUUAUCUUAAUCAUAUUUGUAUCAAAACGAAAUAAAUGAUUUUCAACUAGA